GGAUGGACACAUAGGAUAACAUGCCGGGGAUGGACACAUAGGAGAACACGCCGGGGAUGGACACAUAGGAUAACAUGCCGGGGAUGGACACAUAGGAUAACAUGCCGGGGAUGGACACAUAGGAUAACAUGCCGGGGAUGGACACAUAGGAUAACAUGCCGGGGAUGGACACAUAGGAUAACAUGCCGGGGAUGGACACACAGGAUAACAUGCCGGGGAUGGACACAUAGGAUAACAUGCCGGGGAUGGACACAUAGGAGAACACGCCGGGGAUGGACACAUAGGAUAACACGCCGGGGAUGGACACAUAGGAUAACAUGCCGGGGA